AACAUGUCCUACAGUGUCUGCUCUGAAAACUUCUCUUCCCGCUCCCUUAGGGGCUGUGUGAGGUACCCAGGUUCCUCCUGCUCCUCCUACUCUAGCAAUCUGAUCCACAGUUUCUCUCCCAGAACCUUCCGGUUGGGAUCCGCUUUCCACAGUAGCUUCCAGGGGACCUCCUUCCAGCCCAACAGAUGCCAGACAUCCUUUGUGGUGUCCAACCCCUGCCAGCGGUCCUGCAACCGACCCAGGGUCUCUACUUUCUGCAGUCCUUGCCAUCCUACUUAUACUGGAUCUCAGGGCUUUGGAUCAAGAAUUUCUUGUUCCCUGGGGUACGGAUCAAGGAGUUGCUAUUCCAGUGGCGUCAGACCCCUGGGUUAUGCAAUCCGUGGCUUUCCUUGCUUUGGCUAUAGGCCUGGAUUCUGCCGCCCAACCUACCUGGCUUCUGGGAGCUACCAGGCAUCUUGUUACAGACCAACCUGUGGAUCUAGCUUCACGAAAUCAACUUGCUGA